CCAGUCCCUAACUGGCUCCAGAUGCCGCCGCGGGCGGGCGGACAGGAAGGUGCGGCCCUCUAGCGCCCCCUGCAGGGCAUCCGGGCGUGAGCUGCGCGCCUAGGAGGGAGCUGCACCCCAGAAGAGCACGACCUGGUGGCCUCGCCGCUGUUUCUUAGGUCUGCCAGCCGCCUGAGUUCUAGCCCCCGCACUGCAGCUGGGGAGAUCAAAGUCAAGACCCCUUCCUGGUUGGUUCGUCCUCCCUAUGCUGGUGAUCCGUCCUCCCGGGGCCCGGGAGCACCCCGAUGCUCCGCGCAGCGCCAGGAACGCCGGAGCAGUGUGCGGCCGACCCAUCCUGAAGAUCGUGGGAGGAAGCAAGGCAGAGGAAGGGAAGUGGCCCUGGCAGGUGAGCGUGAGGAUCAGACACAUGCACGUCUGCGGAGGGUCCCUCAUCACGUCGCAGUGGGUGCUGACUGCGGCCCACUGCAUUUACAGCCACCUCCAGUACAAUGUCAAGAUGGGAGAUCGAAGUAUCUAUAAGACAAACGCAAGUCUGGUGGUUCCCAUCCAGAACAUCAUUGUCCACCCUCAGUUCUCAACAUCUGUGACUGUUGAAAAUGAUCUUGCCCUUCUCCAUCUCCUCCACCCUGUGAAUUUUACCGCUACCAUCCACCCUGUCUGUGUUCCUGCAGACACAUUCCAGGUGGAAGCUGGGACCAGGUGCUGGGUGACCGGAUGGGGCAAAACUGCAGAAGGCGGCGUUCUGGCAGAAACUCUCCAGGAGGUAGACCAAGAGAUCAUCCAUUAUAAAGAAUGUAAUAGGAUGAUGCAGGCGGCCUUGUCAUCUGUUAAAAAUCUAGUCCUGAAAGGAAUGGUCUGUGGCUAUAAAAGCAGAGGAAAAGAUUCUUGUCAGCGUGUGGCCACAGAAGUUCGAGGAUAGUCGGUGGACGGCCAGCCGCAGAGAGGAAGUGGCCCUGGCAGGUGAGCCUGCAGAUCAGAAAUGAGC